GUAGAAGAAUUUAUAACCUACAAAUAUUACCAUUUAAUAUUAAUACAAUUUAAUUAUUUAUCAUUAUAGAUUAAAUUAAUUCGUUGUGUUUUGUUGUUCAGUUCCAAAUAAUACCAAAAUAAAUACCAAAUACAACCUUUAGUUCAGUUUAAAAAUGCUACCCCCAGGAAGUGGUACUGGACAGUUUUCUCAAUUUUCCAAAAAGGCUAUAAGAUUUGUAAGGAAAGGGUGCACAAAUAGGCCUUUUUUUCAUAUAGUUGUUGCUGAGCAACGUAAGGAGCAAUUUAUGCCUGUUAUUGAACAAGUUGGUAGUUAUGACCCUAUACCAAAUGAGUACAAUGAAAAAUUAGUGUCUUUAAACUUUGAAAGGAUACGUCACUGGAUAGGAAAUGGUGCGUCAAUUUCUCAACCAGUUCAAGAACUUUUGGGAUUGUCUGGCUUUCUCCCUAUUCACCCAAGAUCUUAUAUGACAGCCUGGAGAAAUAGGAGGGCAGAAAAAUUAAAUGAUUCAGUCGAAACUAAAGAAAAAGCAGAAAAUGUAGAUAGUCAAACUUCCAAGUAAUUCUUUGUUAUAUUAUUUGCAAAUUAGUUUUUUUUUUGAGUAGAAUUAAAAUUAAAUUAAAUAACAAUCAA